AUGAAGGUCUUGGUGGCCGCCCUGGCUGCUCUGCUGCUCGCUGCCCUCUGCGCCCAGGCCCAUCUGGACGGCGUCCCCACCUCGUGCUGCCUCAGCUACCACUCCAGGCCCGUCCCGCGCGGCCUCAUCGCCUCCGCCUACGUCACCAGCAGCAGCUGCACCCAGCCGGGCGUGAUCUUCGUCACCAAGAAGAAGCAGGAGAUCUGUGCCGACCCCCAGGCCCCCUGGGUCCGGGCGCAUCUCAAACACUUCCAGAAGAAGCAGAACUGAGCCAGACCCAACAGCGACCUGGGCCGGCUGACGGCCCCUGCCCUUGUGAUGGACACCUGGCCUUGUGUCUCUCUGGAGUGGAGCAACCUAUUUUAUUUAAGUUAUUUAUGAU